GAGAAUACCAAACCCACCACCACCCGAUUAUAGAUCAAAGAUGCAUCUCACCCGCCUUCCACUCUUCUCAUGUAUUUUUCUUCUCCUCACAAGUGCCGUCAAAGCGUUGCCUCUGGACCCAUCCUGCCUUCCUACGGGUUUCACUUGCUCUCCGCUGCCUUCGCCUUCGCCUUCGCCGGUGCCUCCUCCCUUGUCUUCAGCGCCCGAGUUGUUACCUCCCUCGUUGACGCCAUCACCGUCCCUACCACCCUUACCAUCACCACCAUCGACACCAUCACCCUUGUUACCACCAGCUUCGCCACCACCGCCAUCACCUGCGUUGCCACCAUCGUCAUCGUUAUCGCCAUCAUCAAUUUCACCAUUAUUACCACCAUCAGAUUCACCUGCGUCGUCGGCGACACCAAUGCCGCCACCGAUUCCAUCACCAUCACCAACACCGUCACUUCCUUUUCCACCUCCAUCGCCGGUGGCACCACCAUCGCCAAUAAUUCCAUCGCCAACACCAUCACUACCUUUUCCACCCACAUUGCCAGCAGUACCGUCGUCCCCAAUUCUAUCACCAGCACCCUCACCUCUCUCACCUCCAUCACCGCCACCCAUACCCACACCCUCACCCUCACCUUUUUCACCUCCAUCACCAACACCCUCACCUCUCUCACCUCCAUCACCGCCACCCAUACCCACACCCUCACCCUCACCUUUUUCACCUCCAUCACCAACACCCUCACCUCUCUCACCUCCAUCACCACCACCCUCAUCCUCACCUUUUUCACCUCCGUCACCAACACCCACACCUUCACCUUUUCCACCUCCAGAACCAUCACCGUUGGCACCAGCGUCGCCAAUAAUUCCGUCGCCACCGCUGCCACCGUCUCCUUGGCCAGAGACAAUGGUUGAGUACUUCGACCCCACCCUACCGCCUAUCCUCCCCGCUCAUGACCCAAAGUGCUCUGUCCCAAUCCUCUUGCGGGACUUCGCCAACGCUGUUGGCGCUCCGCCAAUCCAUGCGAACUACAAGCCGCCGUUGAACUGCCCCGCCCCCUGGUCCCGGGUCAUCCUCGAGCUCUCUGGUUCAGCUUCUGACGCUCAAAAGGACCGUAUCGCCGCCGUCUGGCUCGGCGGUGCCGAGAUCCUCCGGACCACCACGCCGCUCCCUAUGGCUCCCGGCGCCUUUUGGCACGUCCAUAAGGACAUCACCCGCUACACGUCGCUCCUCCACAUUGCCAACUCUUUCUCGAUGAUGCUAGACAACUCCUUUACCACCUUGCCGGGCGUCUACACCAUCAACGUUACUCUCCACUUCUACCGCGGCCCCCUUUGCGGCAGCGUAAUGCAAUCAAACACGGAAACAACAGAGGCGAAGCUAAAUUCUGUUCUCACUGCUUAUCCAAUCAUCAAAGGUAUCUACCGAGAUCCGGCUGAUCUCAUUAUCCCGAUAUCGAACGGUACCGGUGGCGCUGGCUUCUGGUUUCGGAUUGAGAAUGAGACUGAUGUGCACACGACGGCCGUAGUCAUCCCCAACAACACCUACCGCGCGGUGCUGGAGGUCUACGUAUCCCACCACGGCGGCGACGAGUACUGGUACGCCAACCCCCUCCGCUCGGGCGACCUCCAGCUGAAGCCGGACGGCCUUGAGUCUGCAAAGCCGAACGGCGGCUUCCGCCAGGUAGUCGCCACCAUUGAUGGCCGCUACGUCGGCUCCGCGUUGCCGUUUCCUGUCAUCUACCCGAGCUCAAUCAAUCCGUUCUUUUGGGCGCCGGUGACGCCCAUCGGCGCCUAUGACCACCCGUCCUACGAUCUCGAGCUCACUCCGUUCAUUAGCCUUCUCGUCGAUAGCAAGCCGCACGAGUUCGGGCUCACAGUUCGAGACAGCCAGCCAUACUGGCUGGUGUCAGCCAAUCUCCACAUAUGGCUUGACGCGUGGUCUGACGCCGUUGAGGCAGGUUUGCUCCGCUACAAAGCACCACCACUCCGGUUGAGCCGGCAGGCCGACUGGGAGGCCAAUGAAGGCAAGUCGGAGAUCGAGGGGCAGGUCACUAUACGAUUCUCCGGUUGGGUUAACUCAUACAGAGGAAAUAUAACCACCAGCGUCAGGCAUAGAAUCAAGUUCAAAAGUCACGUUGAGGUGGAGGAGAACGGCGAGUCGAAGAACAUCGAGGUGGAGAGCAGGUCGAGGACAAAUGUGAGGACCGUCAAGGAUCACAAAGUGCUGCAGAGGGCGGCGAUGGACAUGGAGGCGCCGCUAGAGAUGACGGUGAUCACCACCAAUGGCGGCGGCCGGUCGCUGUUCCACAAGACGAAGCUGGUGCACCAGCUGAAGGAGACGCGGAGCUUGAUCGAGGGGAAGAAUACGGCGUUCAGCACGCUCGCCGACCGGCAAGAAUCGGAGGGCUCGGUGCUGACGGAGGACGGCGCGGCGCUAUGGGGGAAAGGCGACACUAAGUCGACGUACAAAUUCCGCGAUGAAAAAUCGUGUUACAUGCGGACGGUAAACAUGAUCGGAGGGAAGGUCGAGGAGGACGAGGAGACGGCCUCAUGCGUGGCGGUGGCUGCAUCUUGAUGAGGAAAGCUAAGAACUGGUGCGCCAGCAGACGUUAGAGACAAUAAAGCAUGUAGUAAUGUAUUUUUGUUUAGCUUGGCCGAAGGAGUAUCUCCUCUCGGCUCUCGAAUUCGCUUCUUCUUCUUCUUCUUCUUCUUCUUCUUCUUCUUCUUCUUCUUCUUCUUCUCCUUCUUCCUCCUCCAUGUCAUGGUUUGUACCUCAACCAAUGUCGUCUUUUACCAUUUCCCAUAUAUAUUUGCCGUGGUUAGUUUUG